UGGGAUUCGAAUUAGGGUUCAUAAGAACGAACUAAAUAUCUACAUCCACCAACGUCGGAAGUACGGAGGAGCGAUCAUAGAAAUUCAGUAUUAGCGAAUAGGUAGAAACCUCAAUUUGUCAAAAGAAUGUCGUCCUUUCUCGAUGAUUUUCAAACGAGUUUGGAAUCUCUACCCAAUAUUCUUCGGAGGAAAUAUGCUUUGCUCCGAGACCUGGAUAAAAGUUUCGAAGAAAUCCAGCGGCAAAAUGAAAUAAGAUGUGAACAGGAGACAGAGGAGCUUAAAGAAGGAAUCAGGUCUGGUAAGAUAAUACCAGAUGCGACAAAUAUCCGGUUCUCAGAUGAGAUAAUUGAAGAACGAAAACAUGCCCUCAGGAUUGCUGAUGAGAAAGUUGCCUUAGCUGUUCAAGCAUAUGAUUUGGUGGAUUCUCAUAUCCAACAACUUGAUGAAUAUCUGAAGAAUUUUGAGGAAGAGCUUCGGCGUGAAAAAGAGAAUGCUUCAGGUAGUCAAAACCCAGAAAGUGAUGUUAAACCAGGAAGGGGAACUGAGAGUGGUAGAGGGGGACGCAAAAAGAGAGUGAAGUGGCAAAAUCAUCUAAAAGAAGGACAAUCUAGUGGGACUCGCCUCUCUGCAGCAAGUGCUUCAGCUGCAAAUGUAGCAGGAUCAACUCCAGCUCCGAGUAUGGACCUGGAUUUGCCUGUCGACCCCAAUGAACCUACAUACUGUUUGUGCAAUCAAGUGAGCUAUGGCGAGAUGGUUGCAUGUGACAAUCCUGAUUGCAAGAUAGAAUGGUUCCAUUAUGGUUGUGUUGGUCUUAAAGAACAGCCAAAGGGAAAGUGGUAUUGCCCAGACUGCAUUGGUUUGAAAAAUCGACGAAAAACCAAAUGAUGGAAUUUUAUAAAAUCUGUUGUUUUCUUGGAUGGUUUAUAUUCUUACAAUUUUACUUAGCAUGAAAAGGGCUUUUACACAUGUAUGAAGAAACUAUAUGCCUAGUUUAACCAUUGUAUUCACAUAUCAACUGAUGCACAUUGAAAGAUGAUGAAUAGUUUUUCAUAUACAGAAAGAAAUGACAUUGAAUUGCAAACAUGGUAGUGUUUUUCUUGGGUUA